CUUUCUUUAAACUUCCCGGUAUUGCACUAAUAAUUCGACUCAUCAAAAAGUUUGCUGAAUUAUUACCUUCCGAUAAUUCUAGUCCUACAAGACUCUACAGCCCAUACUUAUUGUACCCUGUUGUAUUUGAUUGGACUUUGAAGGAUUUCCACGAAAUAUAUAAUAAUACACAUUCUACAAGAAGUGGUCUGUUCGUUUUACCUCCACCUGAUAAUAUUAAAAGGAUUUCCGGUAAAUCACAACCUAUUCAUCGUUGGCGUAUCUAUCUCAAGAGUCAUCAGAGUCAGAAAAAAACUUUUAUAUCUUUAUUUUUGGAAGCAAAUAAGACAAAGUUCGAACAAACCCAUGGAUUACAAACUAGAAUUGCUAAGUGGAAGUUCGAAAUGUUCCGCAUAAACGGUUCUAAAAAUAUGUCAAAAUGUGCUGAAAAAGUUGCUGAACAUGAAUUUCAUCUAUCUUCUAAAAAUCCUAAUUGGGGUUGGUCCGAAUUUUGUGAAUUAAGCAUUAUAUUUCCUAAUG